AUGAGCUCACUGAACUACUCCUCCAUUGCUAAUGAAGAGGGUUGUAACCACUUAUGUGAGCUGAAACAACAUGAGAGAAUACACACUGGGGAGAAGCCUUACCACUGCUCCCAGUGUGGAAAGAGUUUUAACCAGAAAGGAAACCUGAAAACUCAUGAGAGAAUACACACAAGGGGGAAGCCUUACCGCUGCAUGCAGUGUGGAAAGAGUUUUAACGAUUUGGGGAAGCUGGAACGGCACGAGAGAAUACACAGAGGGGAGAAGCCUUACCACUGCUCCCAGUGUGGAAAGCGGUUUAACGAUUUGGGGAAGCUGGAACGGCACGAGAGAAUACACAGAGGGGAGAAGCCUUACCACUGCUCCCAGUGUGGAAAGGGUUGUAACAAUUUGGGGACGCUGAAACGACACGAGAGAAUACACACAGGGGAGAAGCCUUACCACUGCUCCCACUGUGGAAAGCGUUUUAACGAUUUGUGGAAGGUGAAACGACAUGAGAGAAUACACACAGGGGAGAAGCCUUACCACUGCUCCCACUGUGGAAAGUGUUUCAACCAGUCAGGGGAGCUGAAACGACAUGAGAGAAUACACACAGGGGAGAAGCCUAUGCACACAGGGGAGAAGCCUUACCACUGCUCCCACUGUGGAAAGUGUUUCGUCCAGUCAGGGGAGCUGAAACGACAUGAGAGAAUACACACAGGGGAGAAGCCUUACCACUGCUCGCAAUGUGAAAAGAUGUAUAGGCAGAAAGAACACCUAAAAGCUCAUGAGAAAAUUCAUACAGGGGAGAAGCCUUACCAAUGUUCCCAGUGUGGAAAGUGUUUCACCUGGGCAGGGCAUCUGAAAAAACACGAAAGAAUACACACAGGGGAAAAGCCUUACCCCUGCUCCCAGUGUGGCAAGUGUUUCAAUGGGACAGGGGAUCUGAAAAAACACGAAAGAAUACACACAGGGGAGAAGCCUUACCCCUGCUCCCAGUGUGGCAAGUGUUUUAACCAGUUAGGGGCCCUGAAACAGCACAAGAGAAUACACACAGGGGAGAAGCUUUACCCCUGCUCCCAGUGUGGCAAGUGUUUUAACCAGUUAGGGACCCUGAAACAGCACAAGAUAAUACACACAGGGGAGAUGCAUUACCACUCCUCCCAGGGCGCAAAGCUUUUGCCCAUUUAGGAAGCCUGAAAGAGCAUGACACAGAGGAGAAGGCUUUACAGAAGGUUAGAUUUUAGGAAAACAUAUUACUCAUAACAAUCACUUAAACGUCAUUAGAGAAUCCACACAGGAGAGAGAAAUUACUUCUCUUAGCAUGUAUAUUGAUAUUUCACAUCUCAUUGACUCACAACUCCUCAGAGAACAUACACAGUGCUCCCAUUGUCUUAUAUUGUUGACUGAUAAUGUGUUGACCUGUUUUUACCAGAUGAAAUUGCUUCUUCCAAUUAUUGAUAAACAUGUACCUGUUAAGAAACUGACUGUUAGAUAUGUUAAGGUUCCAUGGAUUGAUGAGGAAUUUAAAAACUGUAUGUUUGAAAGAGUUGGGGC